UGAGAACUUGUCGUGGGUUGUAUGGAAGGCUGACUUUUCCGCGAAAAAGCCGUGUGUUGUUUUCCUUUGCUAUGGGGAAGAGCCAACACCACCUGGAGAUGAGUCACGGUCAUGGUGCUGCAAAUACAGGAGAGAAAACUCUUAUGUUUGCUAGGUUGGGGACAGAUCUUGUAGCAAAGCAAACCUAACGGUCCAUCGGAAUCAGGUUGGAGUCCAGCCUCUGGCCUGGCCUCCUUCUGAUUGGACUUCCUGAGUCAGGCUAGUCCCAUCCAGGAGGAAGGAGAUAAAAGCAGGGCCAGCCAGAAAGAAGUCCAGAGCACACGGAAGAAUUUAGACCUACUGGUGGAAAGGAGCUGCCCUUGUUCCCUUGCCAGGAAGGAGAUCCGGCCCUUUGGACAUCGCCAAGAGAUUGAAGGAGGAUGAAGCUCACCGUCUGGGGGGGUCUGCUGGCCGUGGUCCUCCUGGCAGGCCCUGCAGCAGUUCAGGGUUGCGCACACCUACCUGUAGGUGUAGAUCGAACUAACUUGGCCUUAAGGAAGCCGACCUACCAGUCAUCCAUCUACCCUAAUAGACAUGGUGGACCACCAGACAGAGCCGUGGAUGGGGACUGCCACGGGGUCUGGACCCAUGCCUCCUGCACCCACACCAACCUGGAGAGAAACCCUUGGUGGAGGGUGAACCUGGGAGAGUCUUAUAAAAUCUACGCGGUGUUGGUGAAAAACCGCCAGGACUGCUGUAGCCAUCGGCUCCUUGGAGCGGAGAUCCGCUUAGGCGACUCUCUGGAAAACAACGGAAGAUUCAAUUAUCUCUGUGGGACAAUCCAGGACGCCAGCCUGGGCUCCAUCAGUACCAUCUAUUGCGACAAUAAUCGAGGCCGCUACGUCAGUAUCCACUUACCCAGGGAGGAGUACUUGACCGUCUGUGAAGUGGAGGUCUACGGCGCCAUGCUGAUUGGUGCGGCAGAGCCUCAGCUGGAGUUUGGAAAGCUGCACGCGUGCGUUAAGUGCGUGAUGAAGCUCAUCGUCUGGGUGGGUCUGCUGGCCGUGGUCCUCCUGGCAGGCCCUGGAGCAGCUCAGAGUUGCAGGCCUCCCCCUAUAGGUGCAGGCGCAGAGAAUUUGGCCUUAGGGAAGCCGACCUCCCAGUCUUCCGACUACAUAUAUGAGAGCCUUGGAUCACCAGACAAAGCCGUGGAUGGGGACUGCAAUGGGACCUGGAGACAUGGCUCCUGCACCCACACCAGCCUAGAGAGAAACCCCUGGUGGUUGGUGGACCUGCGGGAGUCUCAUAAAAUCUACGUGGUGGUGUUGAAAAACCGCGAGGACUGCUGUGGAGAAAGGCUGUAUGGAGCAGAGGUCCACGUAGGAGAUUCUCUGGAUGACCACGGAAGAGCCAACCCUCUCUGUGGGAUUAUCCUGAACACCAGCCUGGGCUCCAUCAGCACCAUCUACUGCAACGGGCAGGAAGGCCGCUACGUCAGUAUCCACUUACCCGGGAAGGAGUACUUGACCGUCUGUGAAGUGGAGGCCUACAGCGCCAAGUGGAAGAUGGACUGUAUGCCUGAAAGGACGAUGCUCGUCACCUGGAUGUGGCUGCUUCUUCUGGGGCUCCUGGCCAGCCACGGGGAGGCGAAGCGCUGCAAACCGGAGAUGAAAGGUACUGCUACAAAUGUGGCCAGAGGGCGCCCAGCUUUUCAAUCGUCCACUAUUGAAAGCCAGUUCAAUUCAGUGGCCAGAAAAGCCGUGGACGGGAAUUGCAGUGGACGCUGGAUCGGGCAGAACAGUUGCACCCACACCAAGAAAGAAAAGGACCCCUGGUGGUACGUGGACCUGGGGAGGCAGUAUGCCAUUUCAUCCGUGGUGGUGAAAAGCCGCGAGGACUGCUGCGGAGAAAGGCUCCGGGGAGCACAGAUCCGCGUGGCAGACUGCGUGCCCAACCGUGGAUUUUCCAACCGCCUCUGUGGGACCAUCGCCAACACCCGUCUGGGCGCCAUCAACACCAUCUCCUGCAAGGGUCAAGUGGGGCGCUAUGUCAUCGUCACCGUCCCUGGUCACACGGUAUCCCUGGCCCUGUGCGAGGUGGAGGUCUACGGGACCAAAGUGUGAAAUUUCCUGCUUUUCAACCUCCGCUGUUUCGCGCGGCACAGCGGAUUGCUGAGCGUCGGCUGUUGGAGACACAAGGAGAGUGCAGGAUUGCAGGAGAAGUAUUAUCCGUUCAUUUUUCAUGACAUCUUUUCAACCCGAUCUAUAAUGGCGGAUGCUAUUAAAAUUAACUUCUGGAUUAUUGUUCAAAGGUAUACUUCAAUAAGUCUGAUGUUACGAUACUUCGUUCCGUUCUGUAUUACCGCUACUACAAAUGUGGCCAGAGGGCGCCCAGCUUUUCAAUCGUCCACUAUUGAAAGCCAGUUCAAUUCAGUGGCCAGAAAAGCCGUGGACGGGAAUUGCAGUGGACGCUGGAUCGGGCAGAACAGUUGCACCCACACCAAGCGAGAAAGGGAGCCCUGGUGGUACGUGGACCUGGGGAGCCAGUAUGCCAUUUCAUCCGUGGUGGUGAAAAGCCGCGAGGACUGCUGCGGAGAAAGGCUCCGGGGAGCAGAAAUCCGCGUGGGAGACUGCGUGACGGACCAUGGAAAAUCCAAUCCUCUCUGUGGGACCAUCACCGACACCCGUCUGGGCGCCAUCAGCACCAUCCCCUGCAACGGUCUUGUUGGACGCUAUGUCACCGUCACUGUUCCUGGUUGCACGGUGUCCCUGGCGCUGUGCGAGGUGGAGGUCUACGGGAGCAGGGUGUGUAGCCAGGACCCAUGCGUGUCGGGACACACACAGGGAUAACGGAUAACCAACCUUGAUUCUCUUCAAUAAACUUCCUUGGAGCGAUUCU